CCACGAGAGCCUUGUGUUGCAAGCUGCCUUGCACCCACUCCUCGUCCACUGCGCCUCAGGCCGCCUACACUCGCUUUCUGGCCUCAUCUCCAUGCUCUUGCAAUGACCCUCUCCCUCUAGUCCCAUCGAAUAUCGAGCAUCUCCUCACACAUUUGCUAGGCGCCCAGCCCCCUCGAACUCCAUCCUAGCCUGCCCCGCCCAUCUCACGACCAGAGCCGCCAGCCUCAUUGCGAACCCGAACCGCGCCCAAUUUAUCCCACAAUGUGUCUCUUCAAAGUCAGGGCGGAAGAGGACGUCGUGGUCCCCUACCGCGUCCACCGCCCGCGAUCGCCCUCCCCGCGCCGCCGAUCCACCCAGCGCGUGUCUCGCACCGAAAUCAUCAGAGAAUCGCGACCGCAGUCCUCCGCCUACAUCGUGCCCGCCCCGCAGAAGCACUACCCGACCAUUCCAGCACCCCAGCCCGUGCCCGUCUUCGUACAGCCGCCCCCGCCGCGCCCGGCUUCAAGUCAUGGGGGCCGUCCGCAGUACGUCGAGGUCAGCCCGCGCUCCAGCGUGACGAGCGCCACCCACAGCGACUAUGUGAUUGAAGAGCGCGAGGUGCGGAGGGAACGGAGGGACUACUCUCCUCGAAGGAGAAGCCCGAGUCCGCAGUAUGAGACGUUCCGGUAUAUUGACCCGCCUGAGCAGCGCUAUGCGCCGCGCGAGAGGAGCAGGAGUCGCGACCGGAGGAGCUACGCGGACGACCGCGGGAUUGUUCGCGAGACGAGGGAGAGGGUGCUGAUCGUGGAUGACGAUGGGAGGAGGAGGCGGGAGUAUCGCCGGUAGAGGGUGGUAGCUCAGAUGCCGCAGUGGAUGCGGAGGUGCAUUUCCAGGAACGAGGGCCACGGCUUGAUGACGUUACGUCGAUGCUUCUUAUAUGAGAUAUUCUCGCAUUUCCGCUUCUUUGACAGGCGCUUUGGAUAAUCUACAUUUUCUGCCUUACAUACAUUACUUUGCCUUCCGAUCUCAAUAAAAACGCCUUCCAGCCCUA